UCUCGUGAGACUUGGCAACACAGUUCAGUUUGCAAAAGGUAGACUGUUUCCAUGAAAAUAAGCAUUAUACAUAACACACAUAUAAACAUAACCGAGUAUCAUAUUUAAAUAUAUUGCUUUCUGAAGACUACCGAUGAUGAUACCAAUGACUGUACUCGGGAUUCUCUGCUGGGUUCACGCAGCUGCCGCAGGAACUCAUUCACUGCUGUUUUUUGGAGUGGCGACCUCAGAAGGGACAGGGUUCCCAGAGUAUGUAACUGUGGAUAUGGUGGAUGAUGUGCAAUACUCAUACUAUGACAGCACCAUGGAAAACCCUAUCCUCAAACCAGACUGGAUGAAUAAGACCAUAGGUCUUGAGUUCUGGGAAAAACGCAAAGGGUAUAUUCACUAUGCUCAUCGAAUGAUAAAAUGGAGUUUGAACAAUACAAUCCAGCACUUUAACCAUACUGGAGUUCACACUUACCAGCACACGGGUGGCUGUGAGCUGGAUGAUGAUGGGACCAAGCGGGCAUAUUUGUAUCAUGCGUAUGAUGGGAAGGAUUUUAUUAGUUUUGAUGUGAAGACCAAAACUUGGGUUGCUGCUGUGCCACAAGCUGUCUUCAAUAAACACAAGCGGGAAGCUGACACAGCCUUGCAACAGACCCAUUUGGACUAUUAUCAGCGGGACUGUUUCCAGGUGCUGGAGGGGUGCAUCCAGUAUGGGAUGGAGACCUUGCUGAGGAAAGUCCGCCCUGAAGUGAUGCUGAUACCAAGGAAGGCACUUAAAUCUGCAGGAACGGAUGUCCUUUGCCACGUGACAGGGUUCUACCCCCGAGAGGUUGAGGUGAACUGGGUCAGAGACGGAGAGCAUCUGCUGGAGGAGGGGGUGUGGAGUGGGGAGGUGCUCCCCAAUGGGGACAGAACCUACCAGCUGAGAAAGAUCCUGACAGUGAGCCCCGAGGACCAGGAGAAACACAGCUACUCCUGCCAGGUGGACCACGCCAGCCUGGAUGAGAAGAUGGAUGUGAAAUGGGUUCCAGAGGCUGGUUUGAAUAAAGGGCUUGUUGCUGGUGUUAUUAUAGCUGUUAUGGCUCUGAUCACCACUGGAAUUGUCAUCUGGAAGAAAAGAACAGCAGGUGACCAGAGGCCUCUCUACACACCAGCACAGAGGUGACUGCAUUGGUGAUGACACAGAAAGAGAAUAAAUGAUUCAACUGAGGCUUCAUCUUUUACAAGGCUAUUAAUACACUGCUGAUAUUAACACACACACAGUGACUGGACAAACCAGCAGACAAGGAAGCUUUGUGAAAUUAAGAAUUUGUAGGGUUUUUUUUCUUAACCGAAACAUUGACAUGCUAAACAUAAACCUAAAAAACCUUCCAAUAUUAUAAAUUAAUUGUGGAAGUUAAACUAGUCAAUAUCAGCCACAUUAGAUAAUACCACACACAGCUGCUUUACUGGUUAAAGCAGAAGCACAUCUCUGUAUCUCUGUACCAGCCCCUGUAUAUUGUUUUUGGUUUGGUGAAAAGGUUAAAGCCUAGUGGGAUAGAAAUGUUGUGAACUCUGAGGUGACUGGGAUCCCUUAAGACCCAACAGAGUUUCAGUGAGCUAAUGUGAACCUCCUCUCGUUAGUACAUUUCUUAUGACAGGUCCUUGGUUUCUGGUUCAAGCUUUCCUACAUGUCAAAUUAAGUUCAUAUUGCACAUUAACAUCCAUCUGUGAAGAUUUUGAAUAUUAUACUGAUACGAAUUCUACUUAUCUUUGUAAAUUAAAUUAGGGAUAAUGGAAUUGCGCAUGCUAGAGUUAGAAGAUCAUCUUAGAAGCUUUAUUUUAAAUAAUUAUUUCUGUAAGGUAAUUUUGUCUAGCAUUAUUGUUGGGUACAGUUUGUAAAAGGACCAGGAACGUGCGUCUGCAAAAGGUUAAAACCUAAAAGGGAUUUUUUUAACACCAGUGUUUGUUUGUGUGUUUGUUUGUUUGUUUGUUAUCGGGUCUGCAUGGUUUGUUAGCUGAGCCCAGCAUAAGUUAUUACUAAUUGUAUACCACUCUAUUACUAAAAACACAUUUCUAUACAUUUGUGAACAGAGCUUCGGUUUAAAUUACACUGAGUACUUUUUCUGUGCAACAAAUAAAAAUAUGGGUGAGGAAGAUCAGAUUUCUAGUGAAGCGACUUGCAGUUCUGUACUACAGGUAAGAUAAAAACAAACAUAUUAUUUGAAUACUUUCAAUUUGUUUGUACCAGGUUAGAUUAAAUAAUUUGGGUUAAAACCAACAAGUAUAUAGCAUGUAAUACUACCAUACCUGUGUUCCUGUAGUUUGUUUUGGCAACCUUAGUACUGACCGUGUUAGCUAAAUACAUUCUUAAACGCAUUUUUCUUUUCUGCUACCGAACCUAUUUAUAAGGUUUGAAAAACGUAUGUCCUUUUUCAUAAUCUUUUUAUUUUAUGUCUAGAGAGCAAGAUACUGCAGAGGGUAAACGUAUUUGUUUUCAACUCACAGUGACCGCGCUACAGUAAUACUGUUUCAUAAUAAACAUUAUGUAGUAUAGUAUUAUUGUUUAACCAUAUAUACUGAUCAUCAAAGAAACUUAUCACUUAUAUUUGGAUAAAAUUCACUAGAUGUGAUCAAAAAAUGACAAACUCUGUUUCAGAGCAGGUGCAGUGACUUUUUAUUGUGCUGAUUAACAAUUGACGUCACGAAGAUGCUGCAAAAUGAUCUGUCGAUCUUGGGCAGGUGUUGUGACUCUUGGUCUCCCAGUUCGUGGCCUGUCAUUGACAGAGUGUGUCUGGUUAUACCAUCUUGCCAGUUUUGAAAUCGCUGGCUGUGUGAGCACCCAAGAUGGUGAGCCACUGUACAUUGCCCUAGUCCAGCCUCCAACAUGCCAAUUGCACGAAGGCACUGCUCUCUUGACAGACGUGGCAUAUUGUUUUUUUUCUGUGAUUUUCUUUAUUGCUUUUAUUCAAGCUUGCAAUUCAACAGCUGAAAUCACUCCAUAUCCAGUGUCCAAUCAACUGUCUCACUAAUUAGGUGAUUAAGUGCAUCUGCUUCAGUCAUAGUCACUCAAGCGUGUCAUUGUCAAGGAUGAAUGAUCGAGUGAUUAAAAAGAAACCAAAAACAUUCUGGCAAUGUCCAUCAUUUAUAUACCUUAUUUUUUCAGAAAAAAUUGUUAUAAUAGUGAUAAGUUUCUUUUGAUGCUCUGUAUAUUCAAAUAAAACAUAAUAUUUGAUUACCAGAUUGAUCAACUAUUUAUUUAAAUCAAAAAGCACUUAAGAAACUAUCAAUAACAUAUUUUACAGAACACCAGGUCAGAAUAGAAAUUAUAGCAAAACAUGCUGUGUAAUAUAGAAGUAGUAGAACCAGUGGCGUCCAGUGAUCAUAACAUGGUUACAUUCGAAAUGACCUAGGAUUCCAGGCAACAGGCUGCACUAACUAGUGUGAAAGGCUCACUUUGAAGGGAUGAGACAGGAACUGGGAGAAAUAGACUGGGCAGGGAAAUUGGAGGGUAUGACAGUUAAAGGUAAAUUGAACAGAUUUAAAGUUAUAAUACAAGUAUAUACCUAAAAUUAAAAAGACCAGGUUUAACAAGCAGUCACCAAGAUUGUUAAACAGGUCAAUAAAAAAUAAAUGUAGGACAAAAGACAGCUGUAUAUGACUUACAGGAAAGAUGGAAGUGGACAAAAUUGGGAAGAAUAUAGGAAUAUGCUUAAACAGGUAAAAUUAAUUUUAGAAAGCCCAAAAGAAAUCCAGGAAGAAACAUUGCCAGGGAUGCUAAACAUAAUCCUAAAAAAAUAUUCCAAUAUUAUAAAAGUAAAAUAACUGUGGAAGUUAAACUAAUAGGUCAACAAUUUUAAACAAAUACAUUAUAAUGCCGCCCGGUUGUGCACACACAGGUCUUGAAGAUUUUAGCAUCAGUGAAGUAGAGGUAUUAAAUAAAAAGGGGGAUAAAACAGACCGAAGUCAUUAUAAACCAAUUAGUUUAACUUCCAUAACUUGCAAAAUGAUGGAAGCAAUAUUGAAAGGUAAGCUUGAAGACUAUUUAUACAGCAACAAUAUUAUAGGGGGUAGACAGCAUGGGUUCAGGGGUAAAAUGGUAAAAAAAGCGGUACCGCAUUUUGUUUCAUCUGCCUUUGACCGCUGGCUUCUAUUAAUUUAUCGGUAACUACAAAUAUAAAGGAUUUCAGCACCGGCUGCUAAUGUGAGUAUAAUGUGAACGCAUAGUUUGGGAGGCAAAAGUUACUUUAAAAGAGAUCAGAACUGGAAAACUGAGAGAAAUGUUGGCUGACCCAAGGCAGAAUGAAUUGGAGAUAUUUUAAUUGUGUAUUUAAAAGGGAACUCAUCAAAUGCAUGCACGUGUAUUUUAUGUAUUUUUAAUCUGUGCUCUUUCUGUGUAUCGCAUUUUUAGCAAAACUGUGACCAAAGGGUUCUAUCUUCUUUUUGUAAUAUUAGGAAGUAGAUUUGCAACUUGGAUCAUAUAUUUAGGCCACUUUAUUCUGCACUCUGUUAAAAUGUGACAAUUGCUUUGUUUGAUCUGUAGCAAAUUGAAUCUGGGUCAUUAUAAUUAUACAGCACUGUAUAGCUUGUGAAGGAAUAUCUGACUAGUAAUAUAUAGCAGGGGUUUUCAGCCAGGGGCUACUUUUAAGGGUCAUAGGGGGUAUGCAGGACGACUCAGAAAUGCACAAUAAAAGUAAAAGAAAAGAAUGAUCUUGAAUUGAUUUUCUAACAGUAUUAUAUAUUCUCUAAACCACUGUGUAUAAUUAUUUCAUCUUUGUUUUAUUUAUUACCGCUGAUGCAUUUUAGUAAUAGCAAUAGCAGCUGGUUGAAUAUGUUUUCGGCGUAUGAUACAUUUCUUAUUUGCAAAAGAAAAACAAAGGAAGAAAAUAUACAACUAUAAUGUUUUUGAUACUGUAAACAUUUUAACCCCUUCUCUGCUGAGGCCCUUGUAACGCCCUGUGCUACAGGCAUUUUUUUAAUUUGGGACUUUCCUGGCUUACAUCAAAAUUACUCUAUGUUCUUUUUAAAUGUACCCCUGGCAAACAUAUAUACAGUACUGUGCAAAAGUUUUA